CCAGCCUCUCAGAGCUGACAGAGAGCUUUGGACAUUUCCACACAGAGGACCGGAGCUCCAAAAUUUAAUAAAAAAUAAACCAAGGUUUUUAUGAUUUUAUYUUUAUUUUUAUUACAUGUUUUUCCCGCUCUGUUCUGAGAGUUAACCGUCAGAGGCUCCGGGAUGUACACGGCCGGACUCAACCCGUUUUACGCGUCAAACUUCAGCCUGUGGUCCGCGUACUGCGCGGGGGGCUUCUCCGUGGACCCCGUGAAGAAACCGUCGUUUUGCAUCGCGGACAUUCUGCAGGCCGGAGAUGCGGACCACCUGCCGGGAUCGUCCGCCCUCAUGGUGCACAUGGGACACCACCAGCACCAGGCCCACCGCGCGCCGCAGGCCGGCGGCUCCCCUCUGCGCCCCGCGCCCGUCGCUCCGGAGCCGCCGGUGUUCGGGGCCAGGCUGAGUCCGGCCUCUGCGUACCACAGACACGGACUGCAGCUGACCUCGGUGCCCAGGUCGUCGUUCAGCUCCCAGCACGCCCCCCCGCCUUCAAGCAAGGACCUCAAAUUUGGAAUCGAUCGGAUUUUAUCCACAGAUUUUGAUCCAAAGUGCAAAGACAAGUCAUCUUUAAGAGAUCUCACAUCCAUUGUUAGCUCCAGCCGUCAGUCAGGCCUCCACGUCCCCGUUCAGCCCGCCAGCCAGUACUUCUCCUCCGUAGACCCCGGGAUGGACGCGUCCUCCAUGCUGAGUUCACUGGGCAGCAGCGGCAGACACUCAGGCCAGCAUCAGUUUCAGGACACCUUCCCAGGUCCCUACGCUGUCCUCACAAAAGACACAAUGCCUCAGACCUACAAGAGGAAGAGGUCGUGGUCCAGGGCCGUGUUCUCCAACCUGCAGAGGAAAGGUCUGGAGAAGAGGUUUGAGAUCCAGAAGUACGUCACCAAACCGGACAGGAAGCAGCUGGCUGCCAUGCUGGGCCUCACAGAUGCUCAGGUUAAAGUGUGGUUCCAGAACAGGCGCAUGAAGUGGAGACACUCCAAAGAGGCGCAGGCGCAGAAGGACAAGGAGAAGGACGAGAAGCCGGACCAGGGUCUGUCCGAGGCCGGCAGCGAGGAGCCCAAAGAGCCGCUGGAGUCCGAGUGUGAGAGCGAGGCCCGGACCAGCGACUCGGACGAGGCGGAGGAGGAGGACGGCGGACAUUUGGACGUUUCUGACCUCAAUAAGACCAGCGUCAUCAUGAGCGGGAGCGCGCAGGCGGGCGGCGGCGGCGGCGGCGGCGGCGCGGACGCGGGGCUCACGGUCACGGACACGGCGGCCCCGCAGGUCUCAUGAAACAAAGAGAGGAACAGUUUGGGUCCAUCUGGACUGAAGACAAUGGUUCAAAAAAUUAAAAAAAAACAUGAAAACA